UGGCGGCUGCAAGUACGUGAGCUGUGCAUGUGUGAGUGACAAAGAGCAAAGUGACACAUCGUUUGGCGGAGGCGUGGUUGAAAAUAUAUAGAUUUUGGUGUUUAUCGGCUCAGAAACGGUCCCAAAUUAGUGGCAACCGAGAGCUCAGACAGGAAUUCAUUUGUUUUGAAUAGCAGCAAGGCGAAAAACAGAUCAGCGAGAUGACAGGCAGGCUACCGGCGUGCGUAAUCGACGUUGGAACCGGAUACUCCAAGCUGGGCUUCGCCGGUAACAAGGAGCCUCAGUUCAUCAUCCCAUCGGCCAUUGCCAUUAAGGAGUCCGCGCGAGUGGGCGACACCAACACAAGGCGCAUCACAAAGGGCAUCGAGGAUCUGGACUUCUUUAUCGGCGACGAGGCCUUCGAUGCCACCGGAUACUCCAUAAAGUACCCGGUGCGUCAUGGCCUGGUCGAAGAUUGGGAUCUGAUGGAACGCUUCUUGGAGCAAUGCGUUUUCAAGUAUCUGCGCGCUGAGCCUGAGGACCACCACUUCCUGCUGACCGAGCCGCCGCUAAAUACCCCCGAAAACCGCGAGUACACGGCCGAGAUCAUGUUCGAGACGUUCAACGUUCCGGGAUUGUACAUCGCCGUGCAAGCCGUCCUUGCCCUGGCUGCCAGUUGGGCCUCCCGGUCGGCCGAGGAGCGUACCCUUACAGGCAUAGUGGUGGACAGCGGUGAUGGAGUGACGCAUGUUAUACCCGUGGCCGAGGGCUACGUUAUUGGCUCCUGCAUCAAGCACAUCCCGAUUGCCGGUCGCAAUAUCACCUCCUUUAUCCAAAGCCUGCUGCGGGAACGUGAGGUCGGCAUUCCACCGGAACAGAGCCUCGAGACUGCCAAAGCGAUCAAGGAGAAGCACUGCUACAUAUGCCCAGACAUCGCCAAAGAGUUUGCCAAGUACGACACGGAGCCCGGCAAGUGGAUACGAAACUAUACGGGCGUCAACACUGUGACCAAGCAGCCGUUCAACGUUGAUGUCGGCUAUGAGCGCUUCCUGGGACCCGAGAUCUUCUUCCAUCCCGAGUUCUCCAACCCCGACUUUACCAUCCCGCUGUCUGAGAUUGUGGAUAACGUCAUCCAGAACUGUCCCAUCGAUGUGCGGCGUCCGCUUUACAAUAACAUUGUUCUUAGCGGAGGAUCUACCAUGUUCAAGGACUUUGGAAGGAGAUUGCAGCGGGACAUUAAGCGUUCGGUAGACACGCGUCUCCGGAUUAGCGAGAAUCUAUCUGAGGGACGCAUUAAGCCAAAACCCAUUGAUGUUCAGGUGAUUACGCAUCACAUGCAGCGGUAUGCUGUUUGGUUUGGCGGUAGUAUGUUGGCUUCAACGCCGGAGUUUUAUCAGGUGUGUCACACAAAGGCCGCUUAUGAGGAGUAUGGCCCAAGCAUUUGCCGUCACAAUCCGGUUUUCGGCACCAUGACAUAAUUGAUCCGAUCCAAUCGGCCUACAGCAAUUACUAUUGAUUUAUUUUUCCAAUUUUAAAUAUGAUUUGUUUCCCGAACUAUCUAUAUAUAUAUAUAUUGCGAUUAUGUAUUCCACACUAAAGUAUUAGUAAUGUUUCUUCCCAUGUAUGUGUUUAGCUCUAAACUCUGUGUGAAUCGUUUUAAUUUCGUGUGAUUCUGUUAGGAUAACAAAAACCAUUCUGAUGUCUGCCAGUUACACUCUACUAAGGUGCAUUAUUUCUAGAAGACGACUUUAAAGCCAAAAUCGAUCAUGAUCCACAUACACCACCAGUCUGCACACCAAACAAAGCUCUUGAAAAAAAUCCCCGUUCUCUACACAAUUAUAUACGAGAAAGCUGUACUUGUCAUAGUAAUAUUUAUAAUUGAAAAAAAAAGAAACUAAAAGUCGGUUAAUACACAACAAGAAGGAAAAACCAUGAAACUGAUUGAACAAAAAAUGAAAACGAUAAUAUUGAUGAGAAAUCUGUUUGUUAUAUUGAUAAGCAUAAUUGAAAAGGCAUUAAUUAAAUCAAUAAAACAUUCUUUAAGCUCAA